GGAAGUAUCGAUAAAGUCUCCCCUCCCAUCGCCGUCAUGUCUAAGUCAGAGUCUACCAAAGAGCCCGAACAGCUGCGGAAGCUUUUCAUCGGAGGUUUGAGCUUUGAAACAACUGAUGAGAGUCUGAGGAGCCAUUUUGAGCAAUGGGGAACGUUUACGGACUGUGUGGUAAUGAGAGAUCCAAACACCAAGCUCUCCAGAGGCUUUGGGUUUGUCACCUAUGCCACUGUGGAGGAGGUGGACGCGGCCAUGAAUGCAAGGCCACACAAGGUGGAUGGAAGAGUUGUGGAGCCAAAGACGGCUGUCUCGAGAGAAGAUUCUACAGGACCUGGUUUCCACCUAACUGUGAAAAAGAUUUUUGUCAGUGGCAUUAAAGAAGACACUGAAGAACAUCAUCUAAGAGAUUAUUUUGAACAGUAUGGGAAAAUUGAAGUGAUAGAAAUCAUGACUGACCGAGGCAGUGGCAAAAAGAGAGGCUUUGCUUUUGGAACAUUUGAUGACCAUGACUCUGUAGACAAGAUUGUCAUUCAAAAAUACCAUACUGUGAACGGCCACAACUGUGAAGUAAGGAAGGCUCUGUCUAAACAAGAGAUGGCUAGUGCUUCCUCCAGCCAAAGAGGUCGAAGUGGUUCUGGAAACUUCGGUGGUGGUCGUGGAGGUGGUUUUGGUGGGAAUGACAACUUUGGUCGUGGAGGAAACUUCAGUGGGCGUGGUGGCUUUCGUGGCAGUCGAGGUGGUGGUGGAUAUGGUGGCAGUGGGGAUGGCUAUAACGGAUUUGGUAACGAUGGUGGUUAUGGAGGAGGCAGCCCUGGUUACUCUGGAGGAAGCAGAGGCUAUGGAAGUGGUGGACAGGGUUAUGGAAACCAGGGCAGUGGCUAUGACGGGAGUUGCAGCUAUGACAGCUAUAACAACGGAGGAGGUGGAAGCGGCUUUGGCGGUGGUAGUGGAAGCAACUUUGGAGGUGGUGGAAGCUAUAAUGAUUUUGGCAAUUACAACAAUCAGUCUUCAAAUUUUGGACCCAUGAAAGGAGGAAAUUUUGGAGGCAGAAGCUCUGGCCCCUAUGGUGGUGGAGGCCAAUACUUUGCCAAACCACGAAUCCAAGGUGGCUAUGGCGGUUCCAGCAGCAGCAGUAGCUAUGGCAGAAGGUUUUAAAUACUGCCAGGAAACAGAGCUUAGCAGGAGAGGAGAGCCAGAGAAGUGACAGGGAAGCUACAGGUUACAACAGAUUUGUGAAC